AUGACAGACAAACCAGGUAUGGGAACGGGUGGCGGAGAUGAUGCAGGAAGCAUCAUGGCAUUGCUGGAGCGUGUGGCGGGCCUCAUGGACAGCGUCCAGACCACGCAGAAGCGUAUGGAGGAACGUCAGUUGGAGCUGGAGAACACGGUAAAGACCAUCCAGACCGACGUCGUCAAGCUGACCAACGACCACGCCAAUACUAGUUCCACUGUCGACCGGCUACUGGAGAAGACGCGUAAGGUCAGCCGCCACAUCAAGGACGUCAGGGUGCGUGUGGAGAACCAGAACAUCAGGGUGAAGAAGGUGGAGGCCACCCAGGGCGACCUCCUGGCCAAGAACAAGUUCAGGGUGGUCAUUUAUCAGGGUGACCAGGAGGUGAAGGCCGUCGCACCAGGCAAUGAGCCAGCAGAACCCAGCGGCAGCACCGGCGCCAGAGCAGAGGUGGAACCGGACAAGUUUGAGCUCCCUCCAGAUUCGGAUGAGGAGUACAUGGUGGUGGAGGAGGCAGACUCGGCGGCUGGCCGCAUGAAGAAGACGGGGCUGACACGCAUCGAGAGCUUCAAAGCCACCUUCUCCAAGGAGAACAUGAGCAAGACCCGCGAGAACCUGGGCAGCAAGGUCAACAAGUUUGGCGAGCGCAUCGUGACGGCCGAGAGGCGCGAGAAGAUCCGCCAGUCCGGCGAGAGGCUGAAGCAGUCCGGCGAGAGGCUGAAGGAGACCAUCACCAAGACCGUCCCGGCCAAGCUCAACCUGAAGAAGGAGAGGACUGUGGCGGAGGGCCAGGAAGGAGCUGAGGGCGCCACAGAGGGAGCCGCACCCAUCCCUCCUCCCAAGGGCCGCAAGGGCAGCCCGGAAGCUGCCAAGGCCGCUGAGGAAGAGGGCAAGGCAGAGGAGUCUGAAGUGCCGAUGUACGACAUGAAGCAGCUAUCGUAA